AGAGUUCCAGGCAAAGAAGGCGGAGUUGAUGGCACAGCGUGAUCCUUUGCAACUCAUCGAGAAACCCGAUAAAGAAACGAAGGAGAAGAUCCAGGCGUUGACAAGUGCGAUGACCGCGUUGGGGAAGGAGAAUCGCGAGAAACAAGCGGCGGCGGAGUUGGGGGCGUGGUUGGCUGAGCGACGUGUCAGCCCGAGACUUGAGCCGUUGGGGAAGGAUUUUGGUGGUUAUACGUAUUGGUGUUUUAACCAGCGGGCUAACGAUGAGACGCGUGGAUGGGGAUGUGGACUUUAUCGUCGGAAGGAGGGUGAGGAGACAUGGUGGAAGAUUGAAUCACCCGCGAAACUGGACCAACUUUGGCGUUGGUUCGAACAAGAAACAGCUGAGCGGUUCCCCUCUUCGACUGUGUCUGCUACGCCGGCACUAACAAAGGCUGCAGUACCUCAAAAGACGAGUGCGGAGCGGUAUGCAGAGUUGAUGAAACAACAGAUGAUGCCGCAGAGGGGUGCGAUGCGGGUCGUUAUCGGUGCUGGACCCGGUAGCCCCGCGACGAAUGCUGGCCCGAGGACGGCGCAGGCGGGGCAGUUGGUUACGUUGCCGAUUCAGCAUAUGCCUAAGACACAGGAAGCACCGAAGGGGGAGGAUGUGGAGAUGACGGAUGUUCGUUUGCCUGCUGAUUUCGAUGAGGUAGGUGGGGAUGUUAAUAUGGAGAAUGGUGCACAGGAAGGAGGAGAUGAGGAAGGGAAGGUUGAGAUGGGGCUUACGGCGAGUGAUAUGAAGGAUUUUUGUGCGGAGAUCAAGAAGGUUGCGGAGUUUGUAAGGGAUACAUGGGGGGAGGAGGAUCCGGAUGCUGAAGCCGCAGCAGCUGUCGAGGAACAACAGGCCUAGGUAUGAGAUGAGAUGAGUGGUCAUAUGCAA